AGCCGCCGGGUCAGCAUCCCGUCCUGCUGUGCGAAAAUAAAAAUGUGUAGUUCGUAGUUCUGCUCGGAGUUUACUCGAAUUGUUAUAUUUUGUGUUAAUUCAAGAGUUGUGAUCGUCGACAGACGGAUCUGCGUUGAUUGUUCGUGUAAACACAGAAGCUUUGUUUUCGUUGUGGGCAGUUCUUCAUAAACAUGGCUCCAACGAUCCAGACCCAGUCUCAGCGGGAGGACGGACACAGUAGACCGUCCUCUCACAGAACUGUACCAGAGAGGUCAGGAAUUGUCUGUCGAGUGAAGUAUUGCAACAGCCUGCCCGACAUCCCCUUCGAUCCCAAGUUCAUCACAUACCCAUUCGAUCAACACAGGUUUGUUCAGUAUAAAGCCACAUCUCUAGAAAAGCAACACAAACACGAGCUACUGACUGAACCGGACCUCGGGGUAACCAUCGACCUUAUCAAUCCAGACACCUACCGCAUAGACCCCAACGUACUGUUGGACCCUGCUGAUGAAAAACUGUUGGAAGAGGAUAUUCAGGCUCCAUCAAGUUCAAAGAGGUCACAACAGCAUGCCAAAGUGGUGCCGUGGAUGAGGAAAACAGAAUACAUCUCCACAGAGUUUAACAGAUACGGUGUUUCUAAUGAGAAGGUGGAAGUCAAGAUUGGUGUGUCCGUCAAGCAGCAGUUUACAGAGGAGGAGAUCUACAAGGACAGAGACAGUCAGAUUUCUGCGAUUGAGAAGACAUUUGAAGAUGCACAGAAACCGAUCGCACAGCACUACAGCAAACCCAGAGUCACUCCUGUGGAGAUACUGCCAGUGUUCCCUGACUUUAAGAUGUGGAUCAACCCAUGCGCUCAGGUCAUAUUUGAUUCUGAUCCUGCACCCAAAGACAUAUCAGGACCAGCAGGAGUGGACAUGAUGUCUCAGGCCAUGAUCAGAGGAAUGAUGGAUGAGGAAGGAAAUCAGUUCGUGGCUUACUUCCUGCCCAAUGAGGAGACAAUUCGCAAACGCAAGAGAGACUGUGAGGAGGAGGUGGAUUACAUGCCAGAGGAUGUGUACGAUUACAAGAUUGCAAGAGAGUACAACUGGAAUGUUAAGAACAAAGCCAGCAAGGGUUAUGAAGAGAACUACUUCUUCAUCUUCAGAGAUUCAGAUGGUGUUUACUACAAUGAGCUGGAGACAAGGGUGCGUUUGAGCAAGAGAAGAGCCAAGGCUGGAGCACAGUCCACCACCAACGCUGUGCUGGUGUGUAAGCACAGGGACAUGAAUGAGAAGGAGCUGGAAGCCCAGGAGGCGCGUAAAGCUCAGUUGGAGAACCAUGAGCCGGAAGAUGAGGAGGAAGACAUGGACAAAGACUUGCAAGAUUCUGGUGAUGAUAAAGAUAAGGGCAGCGGCAGUGAGGUGGAGAACUCUGGCAGUGAAUCCGAGAGAGAAGGUGAAGACCGCGAGCAAAGCGGAGAAGACAACGAAGAGGAUGAGGACAGAGAGAAAAGGCGGAGGAAGGCCAGCGGUAGUGGCAGCGAGAGCGGAGGGGAGAGGACCAGAGAAAUGCGGGAUGAGGAAGAGAUCUUCGGGAGUGACGAUGACAGCGAAGACAACGAGCCCAAGAAUUCAGCCAGGAGCAGCGGGGCCGAGGGCAGUGACAGUGAGGAUGAAGGGCAGAACAGAAGAGGCAGUCGCAGCCGCAGUCGCAGCCGCAGCCACAGUCGCAGCGCUUCUCCGGCACACAGCAACCACAGCAGCGACCAUUCAGAGACGCACGCUCAAAGCGGAAGUGGAAGUGAGAGGGCUUCAGACUCCAGUGAUGCCAGUGACAGUGAAUAAUCUCUGCAGUCUGCAGAGCAGGGUGAUGACUGUCUUACCUGUGUAUUCUGCUCCAAACAUGGCACUCUCAACCUGUCAUUGAGACUAAGAAUAGAAUCUGGGGGGGUAACUUUUUGAUGAUGGGAUAUACGUGUGUCACACUUUGCAUUUAAACCCGGAGACUUUUUUUUUUUUUUUUAAAUUCACUUUUUAUUUUUAGAUUCAAAUAACACACCAAUACUGGUUGUACACCAUUCCUUUGUGUUGUCUGUGAUCAGAACAUUGUGUAAAAAUAUCCUGUUCUCCCUGCUUUUAACCAUACCAUUGUGGUACACUUUUGAAACUGAUAAUAAAUUGCAGGUGACAUUUUGGUCAAAAAAGUGUUUUUCUCUGUAA